AGACUGUAACAUCUAUAACAUCUUCACAACAAGAUAUUGUUGAUGAUAAUUUGGCUAGUAGCCUUGAAUUCAUAGAAAUAAUAUAUAAAGAAAAUAUUGUAACUACUAUUUCUUAUAAGUCAGGAAAAAUCGAGCAUUUUCCAAAAUAUGAAAAAGCAUGUGAUGCGGAACAUGAAUCAAUAAAAGCUAAUCAGGCUGAAAUUUUAUACUGGAGUAAUUUUAUUAUAGUACUUGACAAAAGUCUUGAUGAACUCAUGGUUAGAGAUAAAGUAAAUAUAAAAAAAGCUAAAGGUCAAGUUUAUGAUUUUAUUAUUGCACAAAAUCCUGAAUUCAUCGAUAACCAGGACAAUUCUUCAGAUGACUUACCCAAAACUGAUGUAGAUGAGAAAACUUUACCAAAAAUUGAGAGAAAGCUAUCAAAAGAGAUGCGUAAUCCAGUUAUUAAUAAACUAACUUCACAUUUUACUGACUCACCAAAGUUAGAUAAGAAUUAUAGUAUUGAUACUAAAAGUGAGCAUCAAACUGAUUCCUAUUUGGUUCUCGGUUCACAUUGUCCACUAUGUAGAGAAAAUCAUAUGAGUUUAAAUAGUAAGUGGUGGCUAGAUAGUCGAAAUAAAAAUACAUAUUAUUUAUAUUGCACUAAUUUAAAAGAGCUAGGAAUUUUAUAUGAUGAUGUACUAAAAGCAUAUUCUAGUAAUUUGGAACUAAUUCAAGAGUUAAAAACUCAAUGCUUCACAAUACCCAUUCCUUGGAAUAAUGCUCUUAUCUUACCAGAUAAAAGUAUAGUAGUAGAAGCAUAG